AUGGAAGAUUUUUAUGAUGAUUUGGACUACGAACUAUCGCAAUUAGAUUUAACAGUGUAUAAUCAAGAAUGUAACACAUUAUCAAAUAGUGAUGCUACACAAGUAUUUGACGUUGAUCUCGAUGAUACAGUAUCAAUCGCACGGACCAAAAAUCAUCAUCGACGCCAGAUUUUAUCCGACAGUGAAGAUGAUCAGAUUCCCGUGUUACCAACCUCACGAAAUACUGAAGUAUGGUUCAAUCCGUUGGGUAAGCAACCAAGUAUUAUUCCAUAUACUGAAUGUCCUGGGCUUAAGCCAUUUUCAUUGCGAUCCAGCAUGAGUUCAGCUAAACCAGCAGAAUUUUAUUCAUUGCUAGUACCUGACAGUAUAUUCGAGUACAUAGCCGAAGAAACAAAUCGCUUUGCUUUACAAACCUUGAACAAAAGUGCAACAAAAUCAUACCGAAUGCAGAAAUGGAUGCCAACAAAUUGCCAUGAAAUUAAACGGUUCUUUGGCAUUUUAAUUUGGAUGGGGAUAGUGAAACUACCUCAACUAUCUUUGUACUGGAGCACUAACAAAUGUUUUGAACAGAAAUUUGUCAAGUCCAUUAUGAGCCGAAAUCGAUUUGAACUCAUUUUGAGGAUGUUGCACUUUGCCAAUAAUGAAAUAAAUCACAAUAAGGAGGACCGAUUGUUUAAAGUUAGACACUUAUUAGAUAUGCUAAAUGCUAAUUUUAAAUGUCAUUAUACACCUAAUCAAGAAAUGUGUGUUGACGAAAGUCUAAUCCCAUUUCGUGGCCGUGUUAUUUUUAGGCAAUACAAUAAAAAUAAGCGACACAAAUAUGGGAUAAAACUUUUUAAGCUGUGCUCAAACCCAGGAUACACUGUAAAAGUGCAAGUUUAUGCUGGCAAAAAUUAUGAAAAUGUCAAUACUACUCCGACUAAUGUUGUCCUUGCCUUGUGUGACGAUUAUCUAAAUAAAGGACAUACGGUUUGCACAGAUAAUUGGUAUACCAGUUUGGAUCUGGCACGAAAACUACUAGCGGGACAAACUCAUCUCAUAGGCACACUUAGAAAAAACAGACGAGGUUUACCUCAAACAGUUGUCCAAACAAAACUGAAGACAGGAGAAUUCUCAGCUCAAGAAAAUGACGACGGAAUAACAAUUAUGAAAUGGAAAGACAAGCGGGAUGUACUGCUGCUGUCUACUAAGCACUCCGUAAGUUUCAGAAGAAUAACUAAAAAAGGAAAAGAAAAAAUUAAACCGAAGAUUGUGGUAGAUUAUAAUCAUGCAAAAUCAGCGGUUGAUCUGUCAGACCAAAUGUCCUCUUACACAACCCCUCUUCGGAAGACAACGAAAUGGCCCAAAAGAUUGGCGAUGGAGUUAUUAUUGAAUACAGCGAUUGUAAAUUCAUAUAUUUUAUAUAAAUUAACAACCAAGAAGAAGCUCUCUGUCGUCCAGUUUAGAACCGCGUUGGUUGACUACCUCGUGCAUACAGGAGUCCCGGAAACUAGUGCCUCCUCUAGACCUAGGCGAGUAAAGCAUGAAUUGAAGAAAAGGCAAGGAUUGGCCUCUGCCUGUCGUAAAUAUUGUGUUAGGUGUUAUAAAGAAAACUGUGCCCAAUUUGGAAGAGUUCAUGCUCGAAAUAAAACCAAAAGAGUGGUAACAUACUGCGAAGACUGCCCGAAUGAGCCACACUAUUGUAUCAGCUGUUUCAAUAUAAACCAUAGAUAUGUUUGA